CUCAUCCCUGUGCCCUUCCCUCCUCAAUGGCACACUCUGGAGGAUAAUCUGAAGAACGUGGAUAUGCGGACAGUGCGGGACUUGCAGUUGCUGGUUGCCGGCUUUGUUUCUCGUUAUCUUGUGCUCAACCCGGUGGCCUGA